AUGGCCGAGUGCCAGCCGCCUGGGGUGGCGGAUGUGACGGAUGUGUUGGUGGCCACAGCCCCCAGCCGCCACCCAGCCCCACGCCAGCUGUCCGAGGCCAGCGCCUGGGGCCUGAGAUACUGCCUGCUGAUGCUGGCCUACAAGGACCGCGCAGAGCGAGCCAAGGGCCUGCGGGAGCGCAGCAGCCUGAUGCUGGAGGACAUCUGCGGCCUGGAGCCCGGGCUGCCCUACGAGGGCCUGGCCCACACGCUGGCCAUCGUCUGCCUGUCGCAGGCCGUCAUGCUGGGCUUCGACAGCCGGGAGGCCAUGUGCGCCUGGGACGCCCGGAUCCGCUAUGCGCUCGGCGAGGUGCACAGGUUCCACGUGACAGUGGCUCCGGGCACCAAGCUGGAGAGCGGCCCCGCCACUCUCCACCUCUGCAACGAUGUCCUCGUUGUGGCCAGGGACGUCCCCCCCGCUGUCGCUGGGCAGUGGAAGCUGUCUGACCUCCGGCGCUACGGGGCCGUGCCAAACGGAUUCAUCUUCGAAGGCGGGACCAGGUGUGGGUACUGGGCCGGAGUCUUUUUCCUGUCCUCAGCAGAGGGCGAGCAAAUCAGCUUCCUGUUCGACUGCAUCGUCCGAGGCAUCUCCCCGACCAAGGGCCCCUUCGGGCUUCGGCCGGUUCUCCCAGGUGUGUGGGGGCAGGGAGCAGCUGCCUCAGCCCCUGGGCUCCCGACGCAUCCAGGAGCCCCGGGGCCUGAGGGGCCCUGCAUUGAGGUGACCACCUACAUGAACGUCCCUGCCAGCCCCUCCUCCAAGAAGCAGCUGUACUACCUGGGCCUGGAGCUCCCAGAGGCCCGUGCAGGAGUCCAAGGGGCCAGCGCCUCGCACUACGCACAGAUCGACCUCGAGGCCACGGCGGCGGCCCACAGGGUGGGGGCCCAGCACGCACAGGCCCGGGAGGAGCGGCUGGCGGAGCUGGAGCCCAGGAGGAAGGGGGCCCCUCGCUGA